CUCGAUCCCUAGUAAGUUAAUUCAUUCUUUCAGACAACAACCUCUUUAUGAGGAUUCAUUUCAUACAGACAUCUCAUUUAAUAGGUGCUGCAUAUUUUUAAACAUAUACAGGGGAUUGUCAAGUCAGUCUGGGAAGUUUGAUGCACCGGGACAGCCAGAAGUAAAGCUGCCAGCGGGUCACUGGAGUGAAGUGAACUAAGUGCGACUCGAGUUACAGAAACGCAGAUCUUCUGCUAUACAGCAAGUCUUAUAUCGUAUAUGCUAUAGUCUGUUUACCUGUGUCAGGAGUGAUAACGUGGCACAAAGCCCUCCAAGAUGGAGUUUGCAGCGAUCUUUGCUCUGUCGCUACUGAUAGGCGCGCUGGUUGUGUUGGUGGCCGUGGCGGUUGGCAGACAGAAAGGCGAAUUGUCAGAACAGAAGAAAGACUCCCCUGGGGAGGAAAACACAGCAAAAGCUCCUUCCAGAAAGCAGAAGCAGCAGCAGCAACAGCAGCGUCCCCGUAAGGAGAGACCGCAGCAGCACACCUUCACACACCAGCUCCUGGCUUCCGCCCUUAAGAGUCACAGUGGUCAUGUGACCUGCCUGGACUUUAGCAGCAAUGGCAAAUACCUUGCUUCUUGCUCAGAUGACCGAACCAUCAGGAUUUGGAGCACUAAAGACUUCCUGGACCGAGAUCACAAGUGCUUGCGAGCCAACAUUGAGUUUGACCACGCCACGCUCGUCCGUUUCAGCCCAGAUUCCCGAGCUUUUAUCACCUGGUUGGCUAAUGGAGAGACCAUUCGUAUCUAUAAGAUGGUCAAAAAGGAUGAUGGGACGUUCAAUUUCAAAGCCGCCCCUGGAGAUUUCCCUCAGAAACACAAGGGAGUGAUUAUCAACAUUGGAAUUGCUGAGACGGGCAAAUUUAUCAUGUCUGCCUCUGUUGACACAACCAUUGUGAUCUGGGACCUGAAGGGAGAGGUUUUAGCCACUAUUAACACCAAUCAGAUGACUAACUCGCAUGCAGCGGUGUCACCAUGUGGAAGGUUUGUAGCGUCCUGUGGCUUCACCCCGGAUGUGAAGGUGUGGGAGGUUUGCUUUGGUAAAUCAGGGGAGUUCAGAGAAGUGGCCCGUGCCUUUGACCUGAAGGGACACUCGGCUGGGGUUUACUCCUUUGAUUUCUCCAAUGACUCUCGAAGAAUGGUGACGGUGUCCAAAGACGGCACAUGGAAGCUGUGGGACACUGAUGUGGAGUAUAAGAAAAAGCAGGACCCGUAUUUGCUCCGGACGGUGCCGUGUAAAGUAUCCGAGGGCAGCCGCAUCGCCCUGUCCCCCGACGGUCGCGUAGUCGCCAUAUCAAACGUCUGCGAUAUAGCCAUGUAUAACGCCACCACCGGUGAACUAGAAGAGGAGUUUCACAGCGUUCACAACGGGGAAAUAACCGACCUGAAGUUCGACAUCAACAACCGCUUCCUACUGAGCACCGGAGAUCGAGUCAUCCGCGUUUUUCACAACGUGACCGGCUACCGAGCCGCCAUCCAAGACAUGCAGACCAUGCUGAAGAAAGCCUCAAAUGAUGGAGUGAGACAGAGACUCCGGCAGCAGAUCACGGACGCUCAGAGCGCUCUGGACACUGUGCUGAACGCUGCCAAAAACUAAAGCCUGAAGGUUUUCACGAGUGCAGAAACGAGUGGGUUUGGCAUGCUAGUUUUAUUGAAUAAAUCGAGUGUUUAUAA